CAGCCUGCAGUGGUCAGCCCACCGCAGGGUACAAAAGCGAGUGCGACGGGCGCGUCCCUGACAUUGCACUGGAUUACACCGAGGGACGAUGCUGCUCUUGAACCAGGCCGUGUUGCUGCUGCUGGUGGCGCUGGCGGGGAGGUGCGCCGAGGCCCGCGCAGUGGUCCGCGAGGACGUCAAGGGCGUAGCGGCGCUGCUGCAGGACGAGGCGCGCGACGACCCCUUCUUCGACCACAACCCGCAGUACGACUUCGCCUACCGCAUCCACGACGAGGAGACGGGCGACGCCAAGGACCAGACCGAGGAGCGGCGGGGCGACGCCGUCCAGGGCAGCUACUCGGUCGUGGACCCCGACGGCACCCUGCGCGUCGUGCGCUACACGGCCGACGACGCCAACGGCUUCAACGCCGUGGUGUCGCUCACCCCCGGCCACGCGAAGCCCUUCGUGCCGAAACCCACGCUGCAGCGACGCGUCGCGGUGGUGCAAAACCACGUGGACGUCCCUGUCCCCGUGCAACAUCAUGUGCUGCCGUCUACCUCCCAGCAGAUCUUAGGUGACCAGCGCGUGCUGGUGGAGCACCCGAAGCACCAGGCCAGCGCGCAGGUGCAGCAGCACCUCAUCCAGCCCCCCCUGGCCUUCGGCCUGCACCAGGACGUGCACCACCUCAUCCCCCGCGGACCCACGUACCAGCUGCACCACAUCCAUCAGCUGUCGCCUUCUGGGGUGGGAACCCACCACCAGAUGACUGUUCCCAUCGUCCAGAUUCAGGACCAAGGCAACAUGGAUGCUCAGCAGCAACAUAUGGCAUUCCUUCAAGUUCAGCAGGAGCAGUUCAAAAAGCAGCAAGAACAGGUGCAGGCUAUGAUCCAAGCACAGCAGCAAGGACAACUUUUCUUGGCCCCACAGCCCCAGAAACAGGCGAUGAACUCCGCUCAGCAAAUGGAGCAACAACGGGAGGGCCUUCAAGACGCCCAGCCGGUGCAACAGCAGCAGCAGCAGCAAGAUCAGCAGUCAUCCAUUCUGCAGGACCAGCAAGGCAGUGUCACUCAGCAGCAGACGAGCAUCAGCCAAGAGCAGGGAAGCGUCGUUCAACAGGACGGCGUUAGUCAGCAGCAGGACAUAGACAGUCAGCAGCAAGAGAACGUCAUUCAGCAGCAGGACGAAUCAAGUAGCGGCUUUUCUCUACCCCAGGUAAUCGACGUGAGGCACUCGGUAGUACAAAAGCCGGAGCAGGGUCAAGCCCUGUCCCCGCAGAGCCAGGUGCGCUCUCUCGACGGUGGGGUGCUACAGUCGGGGCGAGUCAGCCCACAUCAACGCACUCUGGCCGUAUACCGAACAUCGUCGGGAGUACAAGGGGGUGGAAAUUUCAUCACGUUCAGUUCGCCUUACGCGCAGUACACCGUCAGCUAGUGCUGUCAGUGAAUAGAAGGUAAUCAUUACAAUUUCUGUAAACAGCAAAUCUUUUACACGGAACCGCUCAACAAUUUAAAGACGGAAACCUUAAAACAAUUCUAAAAGGAUGUAUAAAAGUAUUUUUGUUUUUUGUUUUUUAUCUCUGGAAGUCUCAGAUUGCGCAAGCGAUUGUUAUCAAAAUUGCCCGACACGCUACGUAGUAAAUCGACCACAAUCAAAGACUGUCAGACUCGACCAGUUGACAGAAUGGUUCUCGCGGAAUAUUAACUAUUUGAAGGUAGUACUGGUGCAAACCACGAAUGAUAAUAAAAGGUGGCCUGGCCACCGCUGACAAAUGAUGUGUUACUGUGUGGGGUGUGGGGGCUGUCUGCUUUGUCGAUAUAAAUAAACGGACUGAUACGGAUUGACCUGA